CUUUCUCCCGCGGUCAUUGUUAACCAUUUUCCCGCUUAGUUAUGUACUCGAAUGUCAGUCAUUCCUCCCCAUUUUGCCCGCUCGCAUAGUGCCAUUUCCUUUCUCCACGAUUUGUUCUUCACUUCGGGAUAGGGCUGGCAAUAUCACCGCACCUACACUACUCCCACAGUAUUCCGAUUUCUCUAAUGGCUCCUCAGAAAUUCGCGGAUUACGAGCGUAAGAGACUGGAAAACAUCAAGCGCAACGAGGAAAUGCUCGUCGCCUUCAAAGUUCAUUCCCACCUCUCAGAUCUCUCUGCUGCAACCGCCGCCGUCAGAAGGACACUGAGUUAGAUGGAGAUGUAUCCCAUAGAAUCAGAACAUGGUGGAUGAAGUGAAAGAGUGCGUCAGGAUUUCUAUGCGACCGAGGAUGCAGAAAAGAUCAUAUAAUAAGCUAAAAUCUGUGCCUCCCACUGUGCUACGUCAUUCUCUAAGGACUCGAGGAAAGCCUCCAGAUCCCUCUACAGUUGGUGGCCUGAGACAUGAUCUCGUUGGAUCCAAAAUCAGGGACAAACUCAGCAAAGAAAACUCACUGUCGAAUUUGGUUAGAGAGCCUGUACCUAUCAAUAUGAAAGAUGCUUACAGGGGUGUUACUACAGGCUCAAACCAGCAAUUAAUUGAAACAAUUAAGAGUUUAUCGAGAAAACCAAAAUUGGAUGAGAAGGCUGAUCUAGAACCUAACUUUUGUGAUGUUAACAAGAUGACCAGGCCUUCAUGUUCAGUAGAUAUAGACGUAUUGAGAUUGGAACCAGAAAGUAUUGCUCGGGUUGUGCCAGGAAGAAUACUUGAUGUGAAGUUUUUCCCAGCAACAGAGAUGAAAAUGGUUGUCGCAGGAAACAUGCAUGGAAAUAUAGGUUUCUGGAAUGCUGAUGCAAAAGAGGAGGAUGGAGAGGGACUUUAUGUUUACCAACCUCAUUCUGGUCGAGUAUCAGGGAUAGUGAUUGAACCAUUUACAAGGUCAAAGAUGAUUACAUCUUGUUAUGAUGGGUUUAUCAAGUUGAUGGACAUUGAGAAGGAGUUGUUUGAUUCGAUAUAUAUAAGCAACUAUCCUAUAUAUGCUAUAUGUCAAAGUCCAGACAAUAUGAAUUCAUUAUAUUACGCAGAGGGAAGUGGUUGGUUUGAAAUAUGGGAUUUGAGAGCUGGAAAAUCAUCAUCAUCCUGGAAGUUACAUGGAAAUGUGAUCAACUCUAUAGAUUUUAACUCGGAGAAUAUUAAUACUAUGGCUACAAGCUCUUCUGACAAAACUGUCUGUAUCUGGGAUAUGAGAAAUGCUGGCGCUAAUAAACUCAAACCUUUGAGAACUAUUCACCAUAAAAGACGUGUACAUUCUGCUUACUUUUCACGAUCUGGUCGACUUCUUGCGUCAACAAGUAAUGAUGACAAAAUAGGCUUGUCAAGUGGAGCUAAUUAUGAAGAUGUAAGUAUGAUUCAUCACGAUAACCAAACACGCGCACAUAUUUCCUCAUUCAGAGGUAUAUGGGGCUGGGAUGAUUCCUAUAUAUUCAUUGGAAACACGCAAAGAGGAGUUGAUGUCAUUUCGACAGGCGAAAAGAAAAUUCAUACAACAUUACAGAGUGAGCAUAUAUCUGCUAUACAGUGCCGCUUUGAUGCACACCCCUACAAUGCUGGAAUGCUUGCAGGUGCUACCAAUGGGGGUCAGGUGUAUCUUUGGACACCUUAGCUAUCACAAGUGCACAGCAUUGCAUGUUUUUCAUCUUGAGAUUUGCUUGAAAUGAUCGUCUUACCAACCUGCUACCUAGCUGCUAACAUUUUGUGAAUUAUAGAAUAGCCAUAAUAGUAUGUAUCAUUAGAUUUCCUUGCUCUGAUUUCAAGACUAUCAACAUUUACCUUUGGUAGUUUGGUUGUAUCAUUAGUACGUGGCUUUUUGUUGACGUUGACUUUUGGUCGUUUGGAUUGUGGAACUGGCUUAUAUUGCAUAUAUGGCUUGGGUGGACUUGGUUCCGGU